AUGGCCUCCUCCAACACGAAACCCCGGAGGCUUAGCUCUGCUCAGAACCCACCAGGAAGCGGCCUAAGAGCUCAACCCACGAAGAAGCCAGAGGAAGCCCCCAAACCGAGUAAGACUGAAGAGCAGUUGAAUAGCUACAAGUCCGACUUCGACAGCCUCCGCUCACACGUCACCUGCAAAAUAUGCGAUCGACUAUUCUACGAGCCCUACAUUAUCUCCUGUGGGCACACAUAUUGCUACAGCUGUCUUUGCACCUGGUUCGUCAGUAACAAGGCCAAGAAAACAUGUCCAGACUGCCGGACCGUCGUCACUCAGGCGCCAGCCCCAGCAUAUGUUAUUCGAGAAAUGACCCACGUCUUCAUCGGCCGAGCCGAGUUACUACCUGCAGGCGAGACAGUCGAGCAGCACAAACAAUGGCAGAAGGAAGAAGCAGAUAUUGUGCAACAGGACAAGGCCAACAACGAUUCUAGAACUGGCGGACUCUUCAAAGGAUGCUUCAAGCAACGGCCAAGCAACCCCCUCCGAAUAGUACGAGACGAAGAAGAUGGGGUCGAGAGGUGUCCCAUGUGCACGUGGGAGCUUGAAGGCGGAGAGUGCGCCCGAUGUGGCGUCAUGUUCGACGACAACGGGGAAAUGACCUGGCCUGACAGCUUCGGAGGCUUUAGUGACAUGGAUGAGCUGUCUGAACACGACAUGUCCGGAGAAGACCUCGACGGGGAACUCGAAAUGGACGACGAAGGCAAUGUAUGGGACCCAGAAGGAUUGGGGGCAUGGGGACAGGGCUAUCUCGACGACGAAUCAUCCUUCAUGAUGCAGCGAUAUCUAGCCGGGGGAGGUAUUCCACCUGGAGGUCGGUUCCAGCGACGCCGCGUGACUCAUAGCGAAGCCGGCAGCAGACGUCCGUCCUACAGCGCGAGCAUAGUCUCCGACAUGCUGACCGAGGAGAUGGACACGGUGGAGGAAGAGGAUGAAGAAGACUAUGACGAGGACUCCUCCAUGAACGACUUCAUCGAGGAUGAUGAGGCUGGUUCCCUUGGCACUGCUUCCACAGCCUCGCAAACUCCACAGCCUCAGCCACCUCCACAUCGACAGCAACGAAAUCGUCGGAUUCUUGAGUCGGAGGCAUCUUCGGACAUGUCACAGUCUACAGAAGACGAUGAGGAUGAAGGUCCCAUAAUCCCAGCUGGCCGACGCCGUCAACAAGCGCGGGUAAUAGCCCGAGCAAACGGCACGAGGCGGGCACCUUCAUCAACCUCUACCGAGGCAUCUGCUCACCAUGAGCUGGAUGAGGAUACACAGGCCUUGCUUCAAGCGGCCGGAUGGUCGCCUCUCGCACACGACGGACCGGACGAGGAGAUGGAAGACGAUGAUGAUAGUGAUGGGGGAAGGACGACUGUUGGGUGGGAGCCGACUACGAUUUCCAAUGAUAGAGCUCGAAUCGGUGGUUCUCUAACGCCUACUGCAGAUCGACCCCGGCCUAACGCCCCAAUCCGUCCACCCUCCCGUACAGGCAAUAACCGUCUUUUAGACGGUUCUCGCGGCCUUCGACGAAGAUCCUCCGUUCUAUCGAAUUCCACGGUUACGUACGAAGAUGGUGAAGCGGACGACGACGACUCUGACAUGGAUCGCGAUGGAGAUAUUACUAUGAGCUCGAAUACCCUACGGCCUCGCCAAUCUCGGGUACAAAUGCGAACAAAUUCUCUCUCCAAUAAUUCUACCAGCCGGUUUGCUAAUCGCGGAAUCUCUCAAACCGAUGCCAUUGACCUUGAUACCGACGACAACUCUGAUACCUCUCAGCAAGCCCAGCGACGUCGUGGGACUGCUCGAGCUCGUCAGCAAGAAUAUGACCCGAGAAUCAGCUGGAUGUUUGCUUCACACUUGGCCGAUCUUCGCGCAACAGAGAGCCCUGGGGCGCCCUAUGACUACUUAGAGCAGCUUCGUUCGACGACUCCAAUCGCUCGACCGAGGACUGCAAACAGGGGUCGUAACAGUGGCCAAGCAAGUCCUGCACCACCAUUCUCUCCUACUAAUGGGCCUUCUUCAAUACCUCGUACUGCACCUGCACGAAUGCGGACGCCGUCCAUGGAUAAUUCCUUGAAUGGCGGUGUACCCGUACGCGGCUCACCGUCUCCAGCAUUUAGAUCAGGCUUCACUCCGAAUCUUUCCUCGGCACCCGAAGCUAUCGGAAGGAAUAGCAGCAUUCCUCUAGACCGUGCAGCCUCCGUUGCCUCCACUGGAAGCUCGUCUGGCCAGCUUACGCCUGCGAGUUCAGUCCGUUCUGCCUCUCAGUCAUCUGUCAAUUCCAUCUCUCAAGCCGCGACGGCAGCUUCAGUUGACAUGAUCGAUCGUCCGCCGAGUCGCGUUAGUUCACGACCAACGUUUGGCGCAGGACGGGGAUCUGCAGGAUUGUCACCAUCGUUUCCAGGUCUCUCAACACCAAGCGUCGGUUUGAAUUUUGGCGCACGCAUGUUUGGCAACCCAUCACAGCCCCUCCGAAAUCCAUGGGCAACAUACGUCAACAGCGGCCCGCAAGGUGUCGUCAGAAGCCGCCCUUCGAGGACUGCUCUAAGGGACCAAUCAUCCGUUGCAACGCUUAGAGCAAGCUCGUCCCGCAGGGGUCUCCGAGAACAAGCCUCUAGGGUCAAUAUCCACGAUAGUGGCAACUCACCGCAGACGAUGCGACCCCGAGAAUCUCGACAAAACCUGCGUCCCCAGGCUUCGAGUCGCCGCCUCAACAACCAAGCAUCGACACGGACCCUUCGCGCCAGCGAUUUAGCACGACCUCCUUCAGCUCAACCACCGUCACCAGGCCUCGUUCCUACCCCUGCCGUACGACCUCGUCUUACCGAAGACGAGCGCCUCAGCCUCGCGCGCGAGCUCGUUAACAACCGGGCCCGCGAAUUAGGAACUUACCAGCCCGGCACAGCUCAAACGCAAACCCGCAACCCCUUUGCGACUGGUGCCCGCCGCCCAAGCCAAAGUCUACCAACCCGCGACACCAACUCUGCUCCAGCCGAAACCGCGCCUUCUUCUGCUCUCCCCGCCCCAAUGCAUUCCCGCUCCAACUCCAACGAGUCCAUUACGUCUGUCCGCAGCAAUCCUGUGCACCAACCUGCCUCGUCACCGCAACAACCGACACUUGGCCGAAGGAGGAGCAACCGCAAUAUAGGCGCUCCGCCAGGGGCUUUCACUUCACCGCAAAGUACUUUUGCCCCACAGCAGACUGCGUAUGGCGCUUUUGCGCGCCGAGGGAGCGCGGGACUAGCGGGCUACGAAAACCCCAUCGCGGCUGGUGUGGGUGUUGGAGGCGGAGGAGCUGGCGUGGGGGGUGUUGGCACGAGGGGGGUGAGUCCGAUGCAGGUUGUGGGCGCUGGUGAUCGGAGGGCGUACUAG